AUGAAUUAACAAGAAUAGGAAUUCCUUCAUACACUUAGACAAUGCCAGAAAAUGCAUUGGAUUCAAUCCAAAUAAAUGUCAAAUGUGAAGAUAUUUUAUACAGGAACUAAUAGUUUCUAUUAAAGAGGAGACAUUAUUUUCAAUAAUAUAUUACCCCUCAAUUCAAUAUUAGAUGAGAGAGUCUAAUAUUUUAGAAUUGACAAGCAACAAAUAUCUGAUGGAAGUUUUAUCGAAAGAUGCAAAUUCAAAAAUUAAAUCUAUUCUCUUAAGUAUUAAUAUCACUUCUUCAAAAUCAAUGAAUCAAGUUAAGGAAUUCAUAGAAAGUACGAUGAUGCCAUCAUGGUUUAAUAAUUAGUAUUUUCUAAAAUUGAAAAAUCAAGAACAAUCUUAACAAUUAUUUAACAUCUAAAAUCGAAACCAAAUUAUGCAUUUUUUAAGUUUUUAAGAGAAUGCAUUAUCAAUUAUUCAAGUUUGGAAAAUGCAGAGUUAUUUGAAAAAUAAUCAAUUUUAUCAGAGUUUCGUUUAGAUGAAGAGGAAGAUGAAUCAAACAAGUAUGUAUGCAAUUACAAUGAUACUGCUGAGUAUUCACCUAAAGAAACUGAUGAAAAAUACAUAAAUGAACAUUAUCGGUAUCAUAUACUCUUAUUUCAAAUAGAGUAACCUAAUUAGAUUAAGAAGACUAAGACAUUUAUUAUAAAUUAUUUUAAAAAGUAAGUGAAUACAAACUCUCUAGUAAUACUUUGAUAAGAUGGCUUAUUGCAAGAGGGUGUAAUUAUAGCAUUUUGUAAUUUUAGAUUUGAUAUUGAUGCCUCAUAUGCUGCAAUAAUGAAUUGGAUUGUAUAUCUAUUUGAUUUAUUUUAGGAAUGGAGAAGACAACAUCGAAUUAAUCGGUUAUCAGCCAAGCAAUUUCCAGAAUUCAAAGGAAUACUAGAAAUUGUAGGGGAGAGCAAAUGUGGGAGACAAGUUGUAUACACUAAAUAAUCUAAAUUAUAACCAGAUAAAAUGUAUUUUAUCAUUUAAAACAUUUAGAGAUCUCGAGAGAUAUAAAUGGUACUUUAUAGGUUUUCUUGAGGAUGUGUGUCGAUCUUGUAAAGGUUUUGUAGAUUCCUAUAUUACAAUUCUGGAUGUAGAUGGAUUUGGUUUCUCCAAUUUUGAUCUCUAAAUGACUAAAAGCCUUCUUAAUAUGGUGUUGCAGUUUUUUCCAGAGAGACAAAAUAAGGUGUUUAUCAUUAAUAUGUCUGGUUUUGUAAUGGGAUUCUACAAAAUGUUAAAGCCUUUCUUGCCCACAAGGACAAAUGAUAAAGUAAUGAUUAGAUUUUAUUGUAGCUAAUCUUUUUGGGAAAGGAUAGAUAGGAAAUUAAAAAGACAUUAAUGGAGCAUCUAGGAUUCAGUAUAAAUUUUGAGUGA